AUGCUGUCUCUUUUGCUAUAUGAAGUGUCUCUUCUGCUAUUUUGGCUCAUCUGCUAUGGAAAUGGAGUUCCUUGCAUGGCUCAAAUGCUAUCAUCUGACUCAAAUGUUAUGGCUGAACUCAUAUUCUAUAAAAUGCUCUUUUGCGUCAUGGAAGUCGUAUUCUACAUCGGACCACGGCCAAGAUUAAGGUUCCCACCAGAAACCUGGAACGUUGUAGGAAGAUCGGUUCGUAAGUUGCCAAGAACCACCAAUACGGUGGAAUCUUCGCAUCGUAACUUGGAAAGAUGCAUCCAAUGCACAAGGGGACGCUCAACUCCUUUGAUAUUUGAGCUGCUCAAAUGCCUCCGGCAAGAUGCCAGCAACUUGAAAUUUGACAAAGAAGCUAUGUCCAUCGAUCCAACAUACCAAAUUUCAAGUCAAAGAAAAUUGAAGAAUGAGUUAAAAGACUCUCGCAUCAUAGCCGUGUUGACAAACACGAGAGGACUGAAAGGAAUCAUUUACCUCAGGGCGAUGCGGGCGGCUAGGAAAUAUAUCUAA